AUUAUAUCAUACACAUUCACCUUAUACGCUUCAUGAUUCUGAGUUAUACUUUGAAAAUGUAGCACAAGUUAAAAGACUUGCAGAUACAAUUAAAUAUACUGGCUCGAUUAUUGCAAUGGCAAAUAAUACCAAAAUUAAAGAAAAACUUAAAUUUUCUUUACUUCUUGGUUGCAUUAUUGGUUCAACACUUUCAACAGAAUUAAUUAGAAUUUCUAUUUCAAAAUUUCCACCUUGUGUUAUUGUGAUAAUUGCAAAUAAGGGAAAAGAAACAGCAACAUGUAUUUUUAAAUUGUAUAAAAAAUUACUUGAUAUUGCAGCAAAUCUUCAACUUAAAAUUCUUGGAUUUGCUACUGCACUAGUGAAAGAUGUUUUUGGAAUGAUAAUAAAUACUCAAAUUUAUAGCUUUAUGACUAUUUUAGAAGACGAAGAGAAGAAUCCUAAAGUGAAAAAUGAGAUUAAGCAACCUUCUACCCUACAAAGUGUUAAUAAUUUACAAGAGACCAAAAGUAUUUUUAUAUCUAUUGCUAUUACAAAAGUUAAUACAUGGAAUAAACUUAAUACAUUAACCAAAGGAAGUUUGCAAUUAGCUUUGAUAUUAGAUUCUACUCAACAAUCUCAGAACCUUAAUAUGGAAAUGAAUAUUGAUGUUAAUAUCGGAGUUGUAAAUAGAAUGUUUAAAAUUUCUGAAUUAGUUAACCAACAUCGUUGCUACAAAGUUUAUACUAGUCAAAGAAUGAAAAGAAGAGUUGUGAGAUAUUCUAUAUUUGCUCCAAGUAAUAGAUACAGUAGUCUUGUAUUAUAUCUCUCUUCAAAUAAGUCUGCUUGCUCUGGUAUUCCAUGUCAAAAUUGCUGA